CCGCCAUUAACCGUGUGUACUGGAUAGUGAGGUCAUCUUCACCCAAUCAACGCCGAUUACAUCAUCCCGUCUUUCCCUCAUUUCGCCUUUUUCUUCGACCUCCAUAUCAAGUCGCCAAAAGCAGAGAACGUAUUACCCGUUGAAUCGGUUUGUUUGUCAUCUAUAUAACGGGACCAAAAGUGCAUGAUCUCUCUUCAAAAAUGAGACUAUGAUACCCUUGAUUGCUUGAGCUACUGACACCUUGUUUCUCCUUUUACCUUGCUCAUACAACGUCCCACCAUACCGCAGCCAUGGCUGAAGAUACUGUCGCCCAGAUCAUCGUCAACAGCUUGUACAAGGCUGGCGUUCGUUAUGUAUUUGGUGUGCCAGGCGCCAAGAUAGAUGCCAUAUUCGAUUGCCUUCAAGACCACCCCGAGAUCAAACUGAUCGUUGCUCGACACGAGCAGAAUGCGGCUUUCAUGGCGGCAGCUGUCGGACGCAUCACAGGAACGCCUGGAGUUUGUGUAGCCACGAGCGGACCUGGUGCUAGCAAUUUGGCUACAGGUCUCGUCACAGCAAAUACAGAAGGCGACCCCGUGGUAGCUCUCGUGGGCAGCGUUCCUCGAGCAAUGCAACUACAUCGAACUCAUCAGAGCAUGAAGACGCUUGACAUUCUUGGCCCGACUUCCAAACUGGCCGUUUCGAUCGACGUCGAGGACCAAGCCGCCGAAGUCAUCCUCGACGCUUUUAGAACGGCAUCUUCUUCACCCAGAGGCACCGCGGUCGUCAACAUCCCAAUCGACGUGUCGAAAGGUAAAUCCAAGAUCCUCCCUUUCCCGAGCCACGCUUUCUUGCCUCCCAAGUAUGGCAUCUCUCCGACAUCACGCCUCGACGAAACCAUCGAAAUGAUCCAGAACGCAAAGCUUCCUGUGCUGUUCCUAGGACUCCGCGCCAGCGCGCCGAGAGUCGUCGAACAAGUCCGUAAACUCUUAUCUAAGUUCCCCAUCCCAACCGUCGAGACGUUCCAAUCUGCCGGUGCCAUCUCAAAGGACCUCGUACACGUCUUUUACGGCCGUGUCGGCCUCUUCAGAAACCAGUGCGGCGACAGACUGAUGGCCAAAUCCGACCUCAUCCUUUCCGUCGGCUACGACCCUGUCGAGUACGACGCCAGUGCCUGGAACCCCAAGGGCGACGGUCGCAUCGUCCACAUUGACGUGACGGCGGCAGACUAUGGAGCGUCAUACCGACCCAUCUUAGAACUGGUUGGCUCAAUUGCCGAAAACCUCGCAUACAUCUCUUCCCACCUUGACCGCAUUUCGAAAUCGUCCAUCGCAGAACAGUGUCGUCCUUUCAGAGAGGAGUACCUCUCAUGGCAGCAACUACCAGACGUCAAACGCUCAUCCGGUCUCGUCCACCCUCUCCAUUUUAUCACCAUUCUUCAAAAUCUCGUGUCGAAAGACACGACCGUCUGCGUCGACGUCGGAUCCGUCUACAUUUACUUCAUGAGGUACUUUUUCGCCUACGAACCCCGCCGACUCCUCUGUUCCAACGGCCAACAGACGCUCGGCGUCGGUCUACCCUGGGCCAUCGGUGCGAGUCUCGCCCAGGACCCCCCGUGUUCCGAAAAGGUCGUCUCCGUCAGCGGCGACGGAGGGUUCAUGUUCUCGUCGCAGGAAAUGUCGACGGCCGUGCAACAGGGUUGCAACAUCACUCACUUCAUCUGGAACGACGAGGCCUACAACAUGGUCGAGUUCCAGGAGGUCAUGAAGUACAACCGCUCGUCGGGCGUCAAGCUGGGCGGCGUCGACUUUGCCAAGUUCGCCGAGAGCUUCGGCGCCAAAGGGUUCCGUAUCUCCGACUCGUCCCAGGUCGAGAGUGUCAUCCAGGAAGCCCUCAACCACAAGGGCGUGUCGUUGGUCGAUGUCGCGAUCGACUAUUCUGGAAAUAUUGAACUCGCAAAGACCAUUUCUCAGGAUCAAUGGAAUUAAGCAAAUGGAAAGGAAUUAAAUAACCUUACAAUGUCCAAUAAAAUACAACGGGUAUACCACCUUGCCUAUUUUUCUAGCAAUACGUGUACUGGGGUAUCAAUGCUAUCCGUAAAAGAAAAACAGUAAAUCAUGC